CCCGAGAUGUCAACCGCCGCUCGCCGCCGCCUAAUGCGCGACUUCAAGCGCAUGCAAACCGAUCCUCCAGCCGGUGUCUCUGCAUCGCCAGUACCUGACAAUGUCAUGACAUGGUUUUGGCCUCACUUCAGGAACGCUGUAAUCAUCGGCCCCGGCGAUACUCCCUUCGAGGACGGAACAUUUCGUCUUGUUAUGCAUUUCGAAGAGCAAUACCCCAAUAAACCUCCAUCAGUUAAAUUCAUCAGCCAGAUGUUCCAUCCAAAUGUUUACGCCACUGGGGAGCUUUGCUUGGACAUUCUACAAAACCGAUGGAGUCCGACGUACGACGUUGCUGCUAUUCUAACCAGUAUUCAGAGUUUACUCAACGACCCGAAUACCGGUUCGCCGGCAAACGUCGAAGCCUCGAAUCUCUACAAAGACAACCGCAAGGAGUACAUCAAGAGAGUUAGAGAGACUGUGGAGAAGAGCUGGGAAGGAGACGACGAAUAA